GAUUGACUCAGACUGGAUUCCUCAUGAGCACUGUGGGCAGUGGCUCCUAUCUGGGGACACUGGUGAUUGGGGGGGCUGGUUCCCUCAUGCUGGACCUGUAUGGUUGGGAGAGCGUGUUCUAUGUGUCUGGUCUGCUCUCUGUCAUCUGGGCGUACUGCAUAUGGAAAUACCUGCUCAAAGGGGAAGGACCUAUCAUCACAUUGGAGUCGCUGGGUCGUGGAGGGCCCCGGUCCAAACUCUCCAGGAGACACUGGUUACGUCUCUUCAAACAACCUGCUGUCUGUGCUGUGAUUAUUACGCACCUUUGCACUGCGAGCACCUUCUUCACAAUGUUGUCAUGGCUACCGACUUACUUCAAGGACACCUUCCCUGAUGCCAAGGGUUGGGUGUUUAAUGUUAUCCCAUGGUUUGUGGCCAUCCCCUCUUCUCUCUUCAGUGGCUGUCUCUCUGACCACCUUAUCAGCCGAGGGUUUGACACUGCUGCUGUGAGGAAGCUUAUGCAGUUCUUCUCCAUGGGUGUGUCCAGUGUGUUUACUCUCCUGCUGUGUGGCACCACCACCUUCCCCAUAGCUGUGGCCUUUGUCUCUGCCACCAUGGGCCUCACCACCUUCAGCCACAGCGGUGUGUCUGUGAAUGUUCAGGACCUGGCUCCGUCAUGUGCUGGGGCUCUGUUUGGUGUUAUGAAUACCUGUGGAGCAUUCUCAGGUGUGCUGAUGGUGUAUUUCUCGGGGUAUCUGAUUGAGGCUACAGGGUCGUGGGCGUCUGUCUUCACCCUCAUCACUGUGGUGAACCUGGUGGGCCUGGUCACCUUCCUGGCCUUCGCUGAGGCCCGCCGGGUCGACAUGGACUCUUCCAAGGGCCACUACCACGACAUCAACAUCUGAGUCCCAAGCCCUGGUCCCUCAACAACCACCUUUUAAACUGAGGGGCCAAAACGGGACCAGGUCCCACACUAUCCACAUCUGAGUCCCCAAAACAGGACCAGAACCUAUGCCCAUGUACCACAGAAUGCACACGGGAGACUUGAAUAUAGAAAGAGAACAGCGAGAGCCUUGGUCUGUUAAAUGUAUCAAAACAUCCACAUCAGAAUUUGAGAUGUGAAAGAAGUGAAACAGUAGUGAAAGUCAAUUCUAGAUGUUUGUCAGAUCAUAGUCAGUGUUUCUUCUAUAUUAAUUUAACAACUCAAUUGUUUCUCUCUGUAUAGACAUUCGUGGAUUUGGCAAUUUCAGCUACACCUGUUGCUGACAACUGUUAGAGCUGCCCCGGUCAACUGCUAGAGCUUCCCCGGUCAACUGUUAGAGCUUCCCCGGUCAACUGUUAGAGCUUCCCCGGUCAACUGUUAGAGCUUCC